AUGGAGCUUGAAACUGGUAUUAAGACUGGCAGAGAAUCACCCAAGCUCACCAUUGUGUUAACUGGUGAUACAAAUACUAUUGAGAUUGGGCCAAAAAACAUCUUACUUGAUUAUGAUGACAAAACCAAUGUUAAAAAGUUUUCAUCCAGGCUGUAUGAUAUGUGUGGUCGGCAUAUCACUGUCAUUAACAUGCUUGGUUUCCAAAAGACUGAUGAAAUCCCACUAAACCAGGGAAUUCAUGCCAUUCUCUUACUGUUACCAUAUGGUCGGCAUAACCACCAUUACAGCUCAGGGAUUCAAUGGUUAGAAAAAGCUUUUGGGAAAAAAUGUUUGUCUUUUGUCAUGACAGUUGUGACUCAUGACUCAAAUGAAAAAUGUGAAAGUGCACUGGCAGACCUGAAAGCUAACUGCACCUUUGCUGAAAAAAGAUACCACACAUGCACAAGAAGCAUGAUGGAUGCAAAUGAGAUAAUAAAUCUGUUAGAGAAAAUCAAUGUCAUGGUCUCUGAAAACAGUCCCCACUGUGCCAUUAAAGUGGUGGGUGAUGAAGAUGAGAGAGAGCAUUUGGAUCAAAAUGCCAACAGAGAGGAGGAAAUUGGGAUCAAUUCUUCUGUUUUUCUGAAAAAUCAAAAAGGUAAGAUUUUAUUGUGA